CUCAAGCAUCCAGUUGCCAGUGUUUCUGUCGCAAAAUCGCGAGCGGACGGCUUCCCGUGAGGACAAUCGCUGUGCUGUGAGUGAUCCGGCUGAGGUGUGGAUUGCAGGGCGCCCGAGGACAGCUUGAGGCGCGUGCGGGAAGUGCCUGGACCCGGUGAUGGGGGUUGGAACCCCCGCGAGAAAUGCAACAACCCCGGUACAUGCCAUCGGUUUCUGAUCUGUACGGGACGGAUGAGAUAGAGUUUCUGCUGGAAGAAAUACGAGACUUAGAGCCGGCCUGCUGUCAGCUAGAAGAUAUUCAGGUACACGAUGACGAGUGUGUAGAGAGUCCGCACGACUUUGAAAUCGCUGGCAGCAGAGCCGGAGAAUUGUCCAUAUCUCUCGAGUCGCCGCUCGGCACCGUGACUUCGUGGGAUUCACACGCUCAGUACCGCGCCAGGCUGGGGAACAUGCAGGUGCCCUGGGGAGGAGUUCAGCUGCACUGCGACACGACGCACCUCAAGACUCCCACGGGGAUCGUGCGCAUCCUGCUUGUGGUCUCCUCGGCCAUCUGCCUGGCAUGCGAGUGUUCGGCCGGAACUGUCCAGGUGGGCCUCUUCCUGCUGCCCCUGAUCGGACGCCUGCGCCUAAUGGUGUUCUGCGCCCUCUUCUCGCUCCUCCUCACGUGCUUGAUGCUCUUCCUGGACAUCUCCCACAUCGCCCUCGUGCUGCCCUUCAACUGGGCGCGCGUCAACGGCUGGCUGUACCUCAGCAUCGGCCUGAUCUUCAUCCUGGGCUCGUCCCUACUCCUGCACAUGGUCCUCUUCGCCGAGGCCUUCAUCUGGGUGCCGCGGCACACCAAAGACACCCUUUUCGUCUCUGCCAUCAUCGGUUACGUGUGCGCCCUGGAGGCCUUCCUGCUGUCCGCCUUCACGCAGUGCCCGUCCAAGUACCGCCAAGUGCCGGACGACCCGAGCGAAGCGCUGGACCGUGAGCUGAGUCCACUCAGCACGUCCGAAGUGCCCAAUCACACCCACACCGACGGCCCCAAUUCCCACAACUCGCUGAUCAAGGCCACGACGCCCACGGCGUCGAUUUGCAACCAGAAGCCUUACAUACCCGCCAAACGUCCAGAUCAGGCUUUCAACAAGGCCCCAACGCUGGGAAACCCCCAAAAGUCGAGCAAUCGCAAUCGCCAAGGGUAUCACUACCAACCAAUUGCGUCCACAUCCCAACAGAGUCCAACUUUUGUCCUCGACAACUCCAUCCCCGGAUCGUCGGUCAAGUCGAAAUCUAAUAAUUCUAGUGCGUGAUAA